CUUCGAAUAACUAAACUAAAGAAGGCGCUGACGAUGGACUGACGUCCGAGUCAAACGGACUUCCGUUGUUAGAUGAUAAAAUAAUUUUUGAAAAUUUUAGGUGGUUAAAAAGAACACAUCAAGUCUAUUUAAAAUGGAUAUUUACUUUGUCGAUAACGGAAGACAAGAUGAAAUUGAAACGUUUUAUGAGGCGUGCCAACGUCAUAGGGACUAUUACCGAGGUUAUCCCAAAGCCCAUCACCCACUGUUGUACUUCAAGGAUCCCGAGUACUCGUACCAGUGUCCAUCGGAAAUGACUCCCGUGUACCUGUCGUUCCCGAUGUUCCACGUGAAGUACAAGCAGCCCGCGGUUCUGCCGCAAGACUCGGGUCGCACCGGCGGAAUCCCUGCCCUCCCCGACCGCACUCUCGCCGGCCGUUUCAAUAAGGCCGCUUGCAAAGCGUUCGUGAGAUAG